UUUAUCCUUUGCAGAUACACCAAAAUGAAAACUGCGACCAACAUCUACAUCUUCAACCUUGCUUUAGCAGAUGCCUUGGCAACAAGCACUCUACCGUUCCAGAGUGUGAAUUACCUGAUGGGUACGUGGCCAUUCGGAGACGUGCUGUGCAAGAUCGUGAUGUCCAUUGAUUACUACAACAUGUUCACCAGUAUCUUUACCCUCACCACUAUGAGCGUCGACCGUUACAUUGCGGUUUGCCACCCGGUUAAAGCCCUGGACUUCAGAACACCCCGGAAUGCCAAGAUUGUCAACGUGUGUAACUGGAUCCUCUCAUCUGCCAUCGGUCUGCCUGUCAUGGUCAUGGCCUCCACCACUAUUGAGUACCACAGCAGUCCGUUUGACGUCAUUGACUGCACUUUGCUCUUUCCCCAUCCUCCCUGGUACUGGGAGAACCUCCUGAAGAUCUGUGUCUUCAUCUUUGCCUUCAUCAUGCCAGUCCUCAUCAUCACCAUCUGUUACGGCUUAAUGAUCCUCCGCCUGAAGAGUGUACGCAUGCUUUCUGGCUCCAAGGAGAAGGACCGCAACCUCCGGCGCAUCACCCGAAUGGUCCUGGUGGUGGUGGCGGUUUUCAUUGUCUGCUGGACGCCGAUCCACAUCUUCGUCAUUAUCAAGGCCCUGGUGACCAUUCCCAACUCGCUCCUGCAGACCGUCACCUGGCAUUUCUGCAUUGCCCUCGGCUACACCAACAGCUGCCUCAACCCAGUGCUCUACGCCUUCCUGGAUGAGAACUUCAAGCGCUGUUUCCGCGAGUUCUGUGUUCCCAGUCCGUCCGUGCUGGACCUCCAGAACUCCACACGCACCAGGAACCCCCAGCGCGAGGGCCAGUCCAGCGGCCACACGGUGGACAGGACGAAUCAGCAGGUAUGACUAGUCCAGGAAAUGUCAUCACUGGAGUCCCGCUGCCAGCCCAGUGUUGACAUGAGCUCGGAUGCCACGCAGGUCACCACGGGUGUCUAACACCUUCACCUAUAGGAGCUCUUUAAGCGUCUUGCUAGGCCUCCCGCACAGAGCUGUUUCACAAUUUUGGUAUGGAGAAAGACUGUUGAAGUCGAUUUCAAUGUGAAAUACAAUAUAUAUUCUAGAUUACUGACCCCAAUUAACCCCAAUAAACUGAUCUUAUUUCACUAUCUGUGAUGUUCACAGCCAUGCAUCCAAUGUGUCCUUUAGGUUAGUCCAGCAUUCAAGAACUGUGUAUAUGUACUGUAUAGAGUUGCAUCUUAAG